GCCGAAACUGCUGAAGAACGCCAGGCUCGAGGACACCCUACGGGCCAGUCCACAAUAUACCAGGCAAUGGGUGGUAUCACGGGGUUCAGUUCCUUGCUAUCGGGUCAUGCUCGCCUUGACGCUUCUGGUAGUGGAAUGCCAGAGGAUCUAGAAAAAGAUUCUCCAAUCACUAACAAUGAUCACCCCUUUCUACGAUCCAAUGCAAUGGCCGUUUACCAGCACAAGUUGACCAACAAUGACCCUGAAGGCAAGUUUACUUAA